AAUAAGACCGCAUGCAUGCAUCCUCACCUAGAAAAUGCAUACCAUAUCCUACCAAACCAAAGACGCCGGGCCCACUUUCCAGUCAAACAUGACGGGCUGCACCGCACCAUCCCCAGUGCACUCUCGCCUAUUUAUGCCGUCGCCACCGCCCACCGGCUUCCAUAUCCCAUCCACCACCGUAGCAACCACAUCAUCAUCACCGGCCUCCAUCGCCGCCUCGCCGGAGUACAACCAACCACCACCACCAAGGCCAAGAUGGGCUCGCGGUACGAGGUGGAGAUCACCGUCGGCUCCGCGCGGGACCUCAAGAACGUCAACUGGCGCAACGGCGACCUCAAGCCCUACGCCGUGCUCUGGAUCGACGCCGGCGCGCGCUGCUCCACCCGCGUCGACCUCGACAACGGCGACAACCCCGCCUGGGACGAGAAGGUCGUCGUCCCGCUCCCGCCCGCCAGCCGCCUGGAGGACGCGGUCCUCUACAUCGACGUCGUCCACGCCAACGCCGCCGAGGGGGUCAAGCCGCUCGUCGGCUCGGCACGGCUGCCUCUCCGCGACGUCGGUGGCAAGGCGUCCAGGAACCUGAGGCUGAAGCGGCCCUCCGGAAGGCCCCAGGGGAAGCUUGACGUCCGCGUCGCCGUCAAGGAGCCGGCCAGGUACUACGACAACAACCCUGGUGGCUACCCGGCGCCCGCGGGGUACGGCUCCUCCCGUGAUGCCUACGGUGGUGGGUACGGCGCUGGCGCUGGCGCGUACGGCGCCGCGGCGGGGGCCGGAGGCUACGGCGCGUACGCGGCAGCCGCGCCUCCGUCGGGGUACCCGGGCUACGGCUCCGCCGCGCCGCCUCCGCAGGCAGCAACACCGUACGGCUCCGCUCCACCGCCCUACGGCGCCGCGCCGCCGACCCAGGGAGCAGGCGCGUACGGCUCCUCUGUUCAGCCGGCAUACGGCGCCGCCGCGCAGCAGACUCAGGGAGCGGGCGGGUACGGCUCCUCUGCUUCUGCUUACGGCGCGGGUCAGGGGGCAGGGUACGGUGGCACGACGGGGGUGGGCCUGGACCAGAGCGGCGGGAAGACGAAGAAGAAGGGGAUGGGGAUGGCGGGCGGGCUGGCGGUGGGCGCGGCGGCGGGCGUGCUGGGCGGGCUGGCGCUGGCGGGCGGGGCGAGCUACGUGGAGAACAAGAUCGAGGACCGCGUGACGGAGCGCGUGGAGGAGGACAUGUACGGCGGCGGCGGCGGCGGUGGGUACGACGACUACGGCGGCGACGACGACUACUAGACUAGCCGAUGAUGAUUGAUGAAGGACGGUAGUUUGUUCCUGUUGCCGUGGCCAUGAAUUAAUGGAUGUUUCUAUGUUUUCGGUGCUGCCGUAGAAGUAUGCUCGGGAGAGUUGAAAAGAAAGAUAUUUUCUUGUGCGUAUCAUCAAGAUGAAA